AUGCCUCCUAAAGCCGGUCCCAGACGUGGGGCAUCGUCAGCACCCGCACGGAACAGCAACGGCGGCGAGUCCGGCUCCAACCCUACCCCUAAUACCUCCUCCGCGAGUCCCGCGCCAGGCACAACGACGCGAGCACCGGUGCAACGAUUACAGUCUCUCAAGAAGCGUAAUCCUUCGGGCAGCAUCGGACCUGGACCCGGUCCCAGUGCAGGAGCUGGGCCAGGGGAGCCAUCGAAACCAACACUGAAAUACAAACCGCGAGCUGUGGGACGACGCAGUAAAGAAGAGCGAGAGGCGAUUGAGAAACUUGAGGCCGAGCGGCAUGCAGAGCGGUUGGCAGAAGCUGCGGCAAUCCAGCGCGGAAAAGCGAGCAUGGCAGCGCGGGGUAAGGCCGGUUUCGCGGGACGCGGUGGGCGUGGAGGAAUGAUGGGAAUGUCUGCUGCGGCGGGACCACUUGGCUCUGGAUUCGCUGCGCGGAGGGGUCGCGGAGGAUCGAGAUUUGGAACCGGCGACUCUAGAGGGACGUCGAUGCCACGAAGGAGUAAAUCCAUGACAGUUGGGGCUGCUGGUGGUAGUGGUGGUGGUGGUGGUGGCUCUGCUUCUGUUUCCUCCGACGAAAGUGAUGGGGAACUCAGGGUCAGCAUUGACAGGAUUAACUUGGAGAGUGACGCGGAUGAUGAUGAUGAAGAGGAUGUGGUACUGGACCAGAAGAAGAAGAAGCAGCAGCGCAAGGGGAAGAUGGCUUUGGGGAGUGCAAGGGACAAGGGUCUACGUCCGAUUCGAGUAGAGAGACAUGAACAUGAGGAUCGGGUGGUCAGCGUGAAUAUGGAGUCCAGUACAGCUAAAUCCACCGAACUUCGGGAGCAGGCGAAGGGGAAAGCCGAGGAUGACGAUGCGCUCUUCGUGCAGGACGACGAGGAGACGCCCACCGAGACUGAAACCCAGGUGAAGAAGGAACCUACGGAUGAGAACGACCAGGCAAUGAUGGAUGUUCCACAUGCAGAAGAGCCUGUUACUACAGAUGACGGGUUAUUACCCGUGCCGAAGAAGAAGGUGCGGCGGAAGUUGGACUCGAGGGAACCCUCUGUGCCCGCGGUGAAGGACCCAAAGAGUCUGUUACGGACCAAAGAAGAUAUUGAAGAGUACGAUCGACAUGCAGAAGAUCUGGAGCUAGUCAAGGACCUGUUCACCAAGGAACCUCCAACGAAACCAAACGAGCUUACGGAAGGGGCAGAGGCGGAGGCGGAGGCAGAGACCGAUGAACAAGAGAAGGAAAAAACAGAAGACGAAAAAGCUGAGUCCCAAGACGAUAAACUAACAGGACAACUCUUCUUGAUGCAGUUCCCUCCCAUUACCCCGAACCUUAUCGAACCCAAUGCAGACGGGACGAACGCCGAUGGCGAAGCUACCGAGAUCCCCAACCCCGCUGCGUCCCAAGGCGCGGGGCAGAACGCAGAGGUCAAUGGCGCACAAUCGGAUGUUCCUGGGCUGAAGCACGAAGAGGAGUUCGAAGUGCUCGACGGAUUGGAAGAAUCUACUGCGGCACGCACACAAUCCAAGGUUGUCACAGCAGCGGACUGGCAGCUCAAGGCGGGGCAGGCUGGCAAGCUGAACGUGCACGCUUCGGGCCGGGUGACCAUGGAUUGGGGUGGGAUCAGCUUCGAAUUAGAUCGCGCGGCCGCGGUUGAUUUCCUGCAAGAAGCGCUGAUCGUGUCUACGCCGCCGAAUGUGACGGAAGAUGUGGUCGAUGACGAGUACAAGGUGUGGGCGAUGGGACAGUUAAGCGGCAAGUUCACAGUAACGCCAGACUGGGAAAAGAUACUAUGA